CGGCAACAGGCAGCGGGCAGAUGGGGAAUGCAGUCAGCGGGCAAGUUAAAGUGAUAUCGGUUAAACCUGAUAAAAAGGAACGUGUGUCAAACAGCGUCACACGUCUAGAAGUGCACAGCUUAGCAAAGACCAACAAUAAUGCAGAGGAAAAUCCAAAUUGCAUUAAUGACAUGGUAAAAGGUUUGAAUGUCCCGCAGAUUAGUUCAAUACUAGAUAGAUCAGAAACUGAUAGCAGGCUUCAUGAAGCAGAGGAAAAAGCAAGGACACUGACAAAAGAGCUGACUGAGAUGGAAAUGUGCAAAGUAGAGCUCAGUGACCAGGUCAUAUGGUUGGAAGAGCAGCUGGAAAUCAUGGGAAACAAAUUAAGUUCUGCAGGAUUAUAUGAAGAAACAUUAAUUGCCAAGGACAAGUACAUCCAGAGGUUAGAAGCAGAAAAUAAAUGUUCCAAUGCACAACUGGUACAAUUAAAACAAAAGCACAAACGAAUUGUGAGGAAGCUACAAAUUAAGUUAGCUCAAGUCAAACAAGAUUCUGCAAUUAGUGUGACCAAAGCAAAGGAGAGAAUCCAAGCAUUGGAGAGUGAAAUUAAACUCACCAAGGAGCAAAUAUUUAACAAUAAACACCUUAAAGAAGAUUUGAGAAGCCAUGCCUCUGGUGCACACAAACUUAGUCUUGGAGAAGAGAGUCGAAUGCGCCUGGUCCUUGAACUGUCUAUGCAAUUGUCACAGCAGCAAGAAAAGAUACUCCUUCUAGAAAAAACUUUGGAAGAGAAGGACCGGCAGCUGACUGGACUUGCAGCACAACAGUUCACUCAACCAGCUGCUAGAGGCUUAGUACACUUAUUACUGCAGCCUGAUUUACCAACCCUACUUCAAAAUAACACCUGCACAACAAAGUGUGAUCAAAGGUUAGGAGCAGUGCCAUUUUUAGCGAGUGACUUGACCUCAAAUCGGUCUCAAAAUAGCCAAGUGAACCAAAGCUAAUUCCAUCUCUGGAUACAAAGGGGUUACUGUGUCACAGCAGUGUAUUUGAAGAUCAAAUGAACAAUUUUGCUACUUUCUUCAUGCCCAUGAAGAGCAGGAUAUCCAGGACAGCAGAUGAGACUGGUGGUGUGGGAAAAGUAAACAAUAUGAACUAAAAUAGAUUCCCAGUUCAAAAUAAUCAAGGCAUCCAACAUAUAACAGAGAACCAAAGUUCCAUUAACCUUUGAGGCCGAAGCUACACUACAGCUAAGUUUCAGCAUGAGUGGUACAUUUUUAAUUUUAGAGCAACUUUUUACUGAAUAUGUAGUAACAGAAUUCUGAAGUGUGUUAUUUAUCACCAUGAGAGAGAGUGUCUGCACAACUUCAUCAUACAAUGUGUUAUUAAA